AUGCCCCCAAAGGCGUCCAGGUGACCCUCGAGCCCCCCUCGAAGAACAUCCGGGUGGGAGACACCGUGUCUCUAAUUUGCAAUGUCAACAGCAGCUACCCAGAACCCACGGCCUUCCGGUGGUUCAAGGAUGGCAUCGCCUGCGGGACUGAGCAGGUGAAGAUCAUCCAGCGCGCUUCCCUGAAGGAUUAUGGACGCUACCAUUGCGAGGCAGAAAACCCACUGGGCACCGGGUUGGCUGAAGGGGUGCCGCUCCCCAUCUUUGCUGCUGUACUAUCAGCCAGUCCUUCCUCCAGCAUCAGAGAAGGUGAGAUGGUCACCUUGACUUGUGAGGUCCCUGGAGAAGACCUUCAGGAGAUCCACUACAGCUGGUUCAAGAACAACAUCUGGUUCAAGGAAGGCUCUGCCCGCAUCCUGACCUUACAGGAAGCAGCUGCCGGCGACACGGGCUACUACACCUGCAAAGUCCAGAACAAUAAAGGAAGCGAGACCUCUUCCAUCCUCGGCUUAACCGUCUUCUAUCCUCCUCGGUCUCCCUCCCUGGCCUUGUUCCAGGAGACCCAGAGGGGCCAGCUAGCCAUUGUCCAUUGCACGGUGGACAGCAACCCCCAGUCCACGCUGAAACUUUUCCGGGAGCAGCAACUCCUGGCCACCACCAGUUCCCACUCGGCGCCCAACCAAAGGAUCGGCAUCGUGGCCACACGCAACUCCUUGAAGCUGGAGAUCCAGAAGAUCACGCCGGAAGAUGAGGGAGAGUAUCAAUGCGUGGCCACCAACAAGUACGGGAAUGCCACCACCUCCAGCGUCUUCAGGAGCCAAAAUGCUCCAAGCCUGCCCGUGAUGACCUCUUUCCUGGAGACCCAAGGUGGACACCUGGGCAUCAUCCAGUGCACAGUGGACAGCGACCCUCCCUCGGAAAUCGCUCUGUACAAGGGCGACGUCCUUGUGGGUUCCAACAGCCCCGUCCAGUUGGACACCGACUCCAGAAUCCGGGCGACCUCCUCGCCUAACACCCUGAAGGUGACCAUCCAGGAGCUGAGGUUGGACGACGAAGGAGAAUACGUGUGCUCGGCUCAAAACCGCUAUGGAGACACCAUGACCACCAUGGAGUUCACUGCAGAAACCACCAGCAUCACCAUCACCCCGUCUCCAGAGGUCCACGAAGGUGACGCCGUCCGUCUCUCCUGCACUCUCAGCGGGAACCUCCCAGCCUCGGCCAACUUCUCCUGGUUCAAGGAGGGUCUCCUUCUGCCGGGGGUCUUCGGGGAUUCCCUGCUCUUGGAACACGCAGCCGUGGGGGACGCCGGAGCAUAUAAAUGCCGAGUGGAAUAUCCCGGAGCCAGCAAGAUCUCCAGCUCAGCCUCACUCUCUGUGUUGUAUGCCCCGAGGAAUCUCCAGGUGUCUGUUUUCACGGAAAGCGAGCGGGGAACCGUGGCUAUCUUCCAGUGCUCCGUGGACAGCCAUCCUCCAGCCACCUGGGUUCUGCGGAAAGGAGAUGUCGUCUUGGCCAGCAGCCACCCAAAGAACGAUUCGGCCUCUAAUCGGAUCAGCGUCACAACCGGACCCAACACCAUGCGAGUGGAGAUGUCGAGGGUUGUGCCGGAAGAUGAAGGGAGCUACAACGUUACGGCCACCAACGCGCACGGCGCCGCCUCCAGACAGCUGUACUUCCGGGUGCAAACGGCCCGGAUCCUGGUCAGCCCAUCCCCCAUGGUGCUGGAAGGGGAGCAGGUCAGCCUCACCUGUGACGUGAUGGGAAGCCUCCCAGAGGAUGCCAGCUUCUCCUGGUACCGGAACAGCAAGCACCUCCAAGGGCUCACCGAGGGCACCCUCACCUUCCUGCCCGUAAGCCCCCAGGACGCCGGAGCCUAUUACUGCAAAGCCCAGACCGCUGACGGGAACAGCCUCAGCACCUCUCCAUCCGUCAGUCUAACCGUGUUUUACCCCCCUCGGAAGCCCCACGUCACGGCUUUCCUCGAGACACCAAGCAGCCGAGUCGCCGUCCUUCACUGCACGGUGGAAAGCAAUCCCCAGGCCCAACUGUCCCUACGCAAAGGCCAGGAGCUCUUGGCCACCAGCACGGACUCCGGUCUUGGCCACCCGCUGCGAGUCAAGAUUUCCCCCACGUACAACAGCCUGAGAGUGGAGAUUUGGGACGUGGUGAUGGAAGACGAAGGGGAAUACGCCUGUUUGGCCAGCAACCGAUACGGCAACGAGAGUGCCAAGAUCACCUUCAGAGCGGAGGCUGCAAAACUAUGGAUUUCUCCUCCAGACGUCCUGGAAGGGAACUCCGUCAACCUGACCUGUGCCGUUGACUCGGAUGCCGUCAGGGAGAUGCACUAUGUCUGGUUUAAGAACGGCGAGUGGUAUGCAGAAGGCCUGGUCCAGACUCUGACGUUCCACCAGGCAACCAUAGAAGACACCGGCACCUACUACUGCACCGCCCAGACGCGGGAGAGGAUGCGCAAUUCCUCCUUAAGCACCUUGAAUGUCCUCUAUCCACCCAGGAAUGUGCUGGUCAAGUCCUUCUUGGAGAUCCAGAAAGGCCAGGUGGCCAUCAUCCUGUGCACCGCUGACAGCAACCCGCCUUCCGUGCUUUCCCUUCGCCAUGAUGACCAAGUCUUGGCGUCCACCAUCUCCAAAGUCCGUGGGGUGCCAGGCCUGAAGCUGAGGGCUGCUUCCUCCCCAAAUUCCUUGAGGCUGGAGAUCCGAGACGUCAACCUGAAGGAUGAAGGGCGCUACGAAUGUCGGGCGAGCAACUCUCUUGGCCAAGCCCAGGCAUCAUUCAACCUCUCCGUGGAGACUAUAAGGCUGGUGAUCGAGCCCGACCCAGAUGUGCACGAAGGACAGCGUGUCUCUCUGACCUGUGAAGAUGCCAACUUCCAACCGUCGGCCCUCUACACCUGGUACAAAGAUGCCAGGUGGUUGGCAGAAGGUUCGGCCACUUCCUUCCUGCUCCGAGCUGUUACCCCCCAGGACAUGGGAUCCUACUCUUGUCAGGCUCAAGACGAAAGGGGCAUCAGGAUGUCUCCACCCGUCGCUCUCUAUGUGCACUAUGAGCCCAAGAAGGUCACCCUUACCUCCUUCCUGGAAAGCUCCUCGGGCAACCAGGCGGUCCUGCAGUGUGCCGUGGAGAGCUACCCGGCCUCGGAGCUGACCCUCCACCGAGGAAAUGUGGUGGUGGCGGCUUCCAGCAGGCACUUGGGGCACUUGCCGGCUCAACGGUACGUCGUCCACGCCUCUCACAACGUCCUGAGAGUGGAGAUCCAGAAGGUCCUUCAGGAGGACGAAGGGCAAUACCUCUGUCUAGCUAAGAACGCCUACGGGACCUCUGCAGCCUCCAUCCACCUCAGGGUGCCGAGUGCAAGAAUCACCGUCGACCCAUCGCCAGAUGUCCACGAAGGCACUCCGGCUAACCUGACCUGUGAGAUUGCCAGCCAGGUGGUGGGGCCCAUGAAUUACACCUGGUUCAAGAACAGCCGGUGGCUUUGGGAUAGCCCCGAUCCAUCCCUCCUGUUGAGCCGAGUGACCAGGGGUGACACAGGGGCCUACCACUGCCAGGCAAGCGGAAGGACCAGCAGUCUGACCUCGGCCAUUGUCCUUCUGAAGGUGCACUAUGCACCUGAACGCCCCUCCAUGAACACUUACCUGGACGUUCAGAACGGGAGGUUGGCUAUCAUCACCUGCCAAGUGGAGAGCUACCCACCUUCCAAUUUGACCAUUUCCAUGUACAAAGGAGGUCAACACCUGCCUGUCACCAAAGGCUUCUCACCAGCUGGUCAGCGUUUCCACACCUUCUACUCGUAUAACAGGCUGAGGCUGGAGAUUCGGAACCUCACGAGAAAAGAUUCGGGAGAUUUUGUGUGUCAAGCUAACAACAUCUGCGGCAAUGCAACCAGCAGCAUCUCCUUCAGUGCAGGAGUGAUCUCUGAACUGACCAUCUACAAGAUUUUGACUGGGAUAGCCUUUGCCUUGAUCAGCAUAGCUGCUCUGGCCGGCCUGAUCUUUGGCGUGCAACAGAACAGCUCCUG